UUAAAAGGAAAAUAAAAUAAAAAACCCCAUAUAUAUCUCUCAUCCCUGUCUCAAAAACAAACCCAAAAUCCAAAAAGCAAGAGGAUAGCACAAAACCCUUCUUCUUCCAAAACAAACUAAAACUGAAAAAUGGCAGCCUCCUCGGCCAUUUUCUCCGCUUUCAUCUCCUCCCAAACGGGGCCGUUUUCCGCCAAAUCCUCUUCUUCCUCUCUCCGUCUCCCUCUUCCCACUAACGUGCGCAUGGGGCGAGCCGUGACUCAAGCUACGGCUUCAAAGCACGCCACCGGUACCCGACGGCCACGUGGUAUCAUGAAGCCGCAACGUGUGUCGCCUGAGAUGCAAGCUGUGGUUGGAGACCCCGAAAUUCCCCGCACUCAAGCUCUUAAGCGGAUUUGGGCUUACAUUAAAGAGCGCAAUCUUCAGGACCCUGAAAACAGGAGGGUUAUAAUUUGUGAUGAGAAGCUGAAGAAGAUAUUUGGAGGAAAAGAUCGGGUUGGAUUUCUUGAAGUAGCUGGGUUGAUUAGUCCUCACUUUCUUUGAUGGAUCCCAGAGAGAGUCAGUUUGGAAAAAUAGGAAACAACCUCUGUUUAUGGGGCCUCUCUCCUUGUUGUGGAUACUGGAGAAAACCAUGCUUCCUGGCUUCUUCAAUUACUGAUGUUUUUAGCAUUAGUACUUGCGUACAGAAGUACUCUUUUAAGAGUUUUGUUUCUGAAUUUCCUAAUAUGUAGACUGUUAUGCAAUAUUAAUAGUGCCUUCUAAGUUUAUGCGUGUUAUUCAA